CCAUGUACUGUCCUUUCGCAAUCAAUCUUCACGAAGGUGCACCGUUCUCUUCCCGAGCUAAGGCCAAAUCCGGCGACGUGUACCCUUUUGAGGAACCAUCCAAAAUUUCUUUUGGCAUAAAAAGGUAGCCAAAUACCCCUUUUAUCCGAAAUGGCGUCUCAAUCUGAACUUGCCUGUAUCUACAGUGCCCUCAUCCUUCAUGAUGAUGAUGUUGCCAUCACGGCCGACAAGAUCAACACCUUGGUCAAGGCAGCCGGAGUGACUGUUGAGCCUUUCUGGCCAGGCCUCUUCGCUAAGGCUCUUGAGGGACAUAGCGUGGGCUCUCUGCUCUCCAGUGUUGGAAGCCCAUCAGCCGGACCUGCUGCCGGCGGCAGCGCUGCCGCAGCACCCGCAGAGGCUGCUGCUGAGAAGAAAGAGGAGAAGAAGGUGGAGGAAGAGGAAGAGUCCGAUGAUGAUAUGGGAUUCGGUCUCUUCGACUAAAAGAUAGUGGCCAGUUCUUUUUUCACGAUCCAGGUAGUCUCACCUCGUCAACAGAGGGCGCUGGACUAGUUUAGUUUACAAACGAAGCUUUGCAGAUACUAACUGGAAAUUGAUUGAAGAUGCAAUAAAAAGGAAAAGAACAUUUUUAAAAAGAAAA